CCAGACAAACUUGCGUAGUCUCUCCACGGUCCUCCUCGCUGUCUGCCUGCCUCUCUCUAUGGACGGCUGGAGGGUACAAGAGGAAACCGGGAUUGUUGUCGUCGGGACCGCAGCGCUUUUCCAGGGCCCAGCUAUGAUUUAAUCUUGGAAAACUGGGGUGUGUGGGGGGAAAAGGAGAAGGAGCAAACCGACGGGAGCGUGAGAGGAGAUGUGCGGUGGGGCCGAGAUUGCAGCGGUAUCCCUAGGCCUGGACUGAGCAGAUUGUUCUAAAAGGAAACGGACAACAAACAAGGGAAGUGAACAUGGCGGGGACCUCGGGCUUCUUUUCAAACGGACCUGUUCCGUGGAUGGACAACGACACAGAGAUGAACAACCUGUACCGAGACCUGGAACUCGGGACAGUACUGACACUGUUUUAUUCUAAGAAGUCCCAGCGGCCAGAGAGGCGGACAUUUCAAGUCAAGCUAGAGACCAGGACUAUUAUCUGGACUCGUGGCACGGACAAAAUAGAGGGAGAGAUUGACAUUCGAGAGAUCAAGGAGAUCCGUCCUGGACAGAAGUCAAGGGACUUUGAGCGUUAUGUGGAGGACUCUGCGACGAGGCUGGAGCAGGCUCACUGCUUUGUCAUUCUGUAUGGCACAGAGUUUCGCCUUAAAUCCCUCAGCCUGGCAGCAACGUCAGAUGAGGAGAUGACCAUGUGGGUAAAGGGGUUGAACUGGCUUGUGGCUGACACACUGAAAUCUCCAACACCGCUCCAGAUAGAGAGAUGGUUACGUAAGCAGUUCUAUGCCGUUGAUCGCAACAGAGAAGACAGGAUAUCCUGUAAGGAUCUAAAGAGCAUGCUGAGCCAGGUCAACUACAGGGUGCCUAACAUGAGGUUCCUCCGAGAGAAACUUCCGGACUCAGAGUUGCGAAAUGGAGACGUGUCCUUCAGCCAGUUCGCACAGCUCUACCGCAGCCUCAUGUUUGAUGCUCAGAAAAACAUGGAGAUCCCGUUUAUGCAGAGGUUCAUUGACAGACCAGAACAGAAGAUCUCCCUCGAAGACUUUCAGGGCUUCCUCCUGGAGUCUCAAAGGGAAAUGUGGGCAGCAGACAACAGCAAAGUUCAGGAUUUUAUGUUCAGCUAUCUGAAAGACCCCCUGAGAGAAGUGGAGCAGCCUUAUUUCCACCAAGAUGAGCUCCUGACAUACCUGUUCUCCAAAGAGAACAACAUCUGGGAUGGCUCCCUGGACCAAGUCUGUCCUGACAAUAUGAACAACCCCCUGUCCCACUACUGGAUCUCCUCUUCACACAACACCUACCUGACGGGAGACCAGUUUUCCAGCGAGUCGUCUCUGGAGGCGUAUGCUCGCUGUCUGAGGAUGGGCUGCCGCUGCAUUGAACUGGACUGCUGGGAUGGUCCAGAUGGAAUGCCGGUCAUCUACCACGGACACACCCUCACAACAAAAAUCAAGUUUAUUGAUGUCUUGACCACCAUCAAAGAGCACGCCUUCGUCACAUCUGAAUAUCCCAUCAUCUUGUCCAUCGAGGAUCACUGUAGUAUUGUGCAGCAGAGGAAUAUGGCCACCAACUUUAAGAAAGUGUUUGGAGAAAUGCUGCUGACCAAGGCGGUGGACAUCGCAGCAGACGGCCUGCCAUCACCCAAUCAGCUCAAGAGGAAGAUCCUCAUCAAGCAUAAGAAGCUUGCAGAAGGCAGUGCCUACGAGGAGGUUUCUACCUCCACUCCAUACUCGGAGAACGAUAUCAGCAACUCAAUCAAGAAUGGCAUCCUUUACCUGGAAGACCCCAUUAAUCAUGAGUGGUACCCUCAUUUCUUUGUCCUGACCAGCAGUAAGAUCUACUACUCAGAGGAGACCUCCAGUAACCAGGGCAAUGAUGAUGAGGAGGAGCACAGAGAGGUGUCCAACGGUAUGGACCAGCAUGUGACAGAGAAAUGGUUCCAUGGGAAGCUUGGCGCAGGGCGGGACGGGCGGCAGAUAGCCGAGAGGUUACUGUCGGAGUACUGCCUGGAGACCGGAGCGCCUGACGGCUCCUUCCUGGUCCGAGAGAGCGAGACCUUUGUGGGAGACUACACACUCUCUUUCUGGCGUUCAGGCCGGGUGCAGCACUGUCGUAUCCACUCUCGCCAGGAGGCAGGCAGCCCCAAGUUCUACCUGACAGACAACCUGGUGUUCGACACGCUCUUUGCCCUCAUCAACCACUAUCAGCAGGUGGCGCUGCGCUGCAACGAGUUUGAGAUGAAGCUGACAGAGCCGGUACCUCAGACCAAUGCACACGAGAGCAAAGAAUGGUACCAUGCCAACCUCUCCAGGAGCCAUGCAGAGAACAUGCUCAUGAGGGUACCUCGUGACGGGGCAUUCCUUGUAAGGAAGAGGGCGGAGCCUAACUCGUUUGCCAUUUCCUUCAGGGCCGAGGGGAAGAUAAAGCACUGUCGGGUGCAGCAGGAGGGUCAGACUGUGGUGCUGGGCACUUCAGAAUUCGACAGCCUGGUAGAUCUCAUCAGCUACUAUGAGAAGCACCCUCUGUACCGCAAAAUGAAACUGCGCUAUCCCAUCAAUGAGGACACACUGGAGAAGAUAGGCACUGCUGAGCCAGACUACGGGUCACUGUACGAAGGCAGAAAUCCAGGCUUUUAUGUGGAGGCCAACCAAAUGCCAACAUUUAAGUGCACAGUGAGAGCCAUGUACGAGUAUAAAGCCCAGAGAGACGACGAGCUGUCCUUCAUUAAGAACGCUGUUAUCUCUAAUGUAGACAAACAGGAAGGAGGAUGGUGGAAGGGGGACUGUGGAGGGAAGAAGCAGCUGUGGUUUCCUGCCAAUUAUGUGGAAGAGAUCAGUCCAUCAGCGGUGGAGCCCGAUAGGACUGAGAUGACAGAAAACAGCCCCCUUGGAGAUUUGCUGAGAGGAAGUGUGGACGUGUCUUCCUGUCAGAUUGUUGUGCGUCCUGAUGGGAAGGGCAGCAGGCCUCAUGUUUUCUCCCUGGUGCCAAACACCUCCAUGCGGACAGGCCCGGUGCUGGACGUCGCUGCCAGCACCCAGGAAGAACUCAAGGAAUGGGUGUUCAAGAUCCGUGAGGUCACAAUGACAUCGGAGGCCAAGCUGGAGGAGGGGAAGAUGAUGGAGAGGAGGAAGAAGAUUGCACUGGAAUUAUCCGACCUGGUCAUCUACUGUAGGCCUGUGCCGUUUGACGAAGACAAGAUUGGCACAGAGCGGGCCUGCUUCCGGGACAUGUCAUCCUUCCCCGAGACCAAGGCGGAGAAGUACGUCAACAAGAGCAAGGGGAAGAAGUUCCUGCAGUACAAUCGACUGCAGCUGUCCCGGAUUUAUCCCAGAGGACAGAGACUAGACUCCUCCAACUACGACCCUCUGCCCAUGUGGCUCUGCGGGUCCCAGCUUGUAGCACUCAACUUCCAGACAGCAGACAAACCCAUGCAGAUGAACCAGGCUCUGUUCAUGUUGAACGGAAAGAGUGGCUACGUCCUCGAGCCGCCCAUCAUGAGGGACGACAACUUUGAUCCCUUCGACAGGCACACGCUACGAGGCGUUGAACAAAUCACCCUAGAGAUAGCGGUUUUGGGCGCCCGGCACUUGCCCAAACACGGACGUGGCAUAGUCUGUCCUUUGAUCGAGAUCGAGGUGUGCGGGGCGGAUUACGACAGUGCCAAGCAAAAAACUGACUCAGAAGCUGAUAACGGGCUGAACCCCACGUGGCCCCGAAAGCCAUUUGAGUUCACAAUAUGCAACGCUGCCUUCGCCUUCCUGCGCUUCGUGGUUUAUGAGAUUGACAUGUUCAAUGACCAAAACUUCCUGGCUCAGGCAACGUUCCCCAUUCACAGCCUCAAGACGGGUUACCGGUCAGUACCUCUGAAGAACAGCUACAAUGAGGACCUGGAGCUGGCUUCCCUGUUAGUCCAUAUGGACAUCAUCAGUGGCAGGGACGAAAACGGAGAGGUUCUGAGCCCGUUCCUCGCGGUCGGGGCCGCGUCAGUGACAGCAUCCUCCCCAGCAGGGCGGGAACGUUUGGGGGAGUCCGUGUCUUCGACUUCCUCCAACGUGUCCCCUGUGCCCCAGUCUCCGGCCCAGGCCCAGGCCUACAGGGAGGGCUCUUUUGAGUCCCGCUACCAGUCCCCUCUGGAGGACUUCAGGGUGUCCCAGGAGGCACUGUUGGACCACUUGGAUCCCCAGAACAGACAAACAAGGAUGUUGCGGAGGACCAGAGUGGGCGGAGAGAACCGUGUUUAAGUCCAAGCCAAUCAGGACGCAUUUCUGUUGCACCCCCCCACCCGUCUCCCCCUCCGCCCCCUGUACCCAGUCGCCUCUCCCCGUACUGAUGAUGUCACUGACUGCUGUGAACACCGUUUCCAUGGAAACGCCCACCACCGCUUUGGCCUACAUUUCAGGCAGCUCUCUCACCCUCCAUUCUCCAAACCAACUCCUCUCUCUCUCCCCCCUCCCUGCCGCCCAGCCUUCUCCCCACUCGUCUGAUGAGAAGGAGGGACUCGGACACAAGAGGAGAGGGAGGACCGCUGAGAGGAAGCUGACCGUUGGGACAGGAAGAAGAAAUUGACAUUCAUGGGAGAACAAAAACAAGGCUGGAGUAGUGUCCGGCUCUGGGCUAGUGCUGAGCAGGACGGGCUGCCCUCUCUUGUGUUUUAGGAGUGCACAACAUCUGCCUAGUUUGGAGGCUAAGAGGAGGGAAAUAGAGAGUUAUAAAAGGUAUCAGUUUGAAACUGUUCCCCAGUUAAGUUUCUUUGCUCUUCUCUCUAUAUGAAUAUAUGUAUUUAUUCCUGUUGUGCUGUUGGCCGGAGAACAGCAGCAGCUGACCUGCUCUCAAAGAGCUUCUGUAUCCACGUUUUUAAUUAUUAUAAUUAUUUAAGCCUUUAAAACAUUCAUAAUGUGACUUUUCAUUUUUUAAAUGUAUAUGUGUAAAACACGAGGGCUCUCUACGGCUAUUUUAAUGUCUCUUCUCUGCUUCAUAGAGGAGAUUUCCGCCUACAGUCAAACUCGCAACAUAACCCUGGAGGAAUAUUUCACCCUUUAUUUUUUUUUCAAGGCAUCAGGAAGAAGUCAUAGCCUGUUUGUGUUGGAGGGAGUGAGAGCAUAUUAUCUGCACACACAAACACACAUGCAUACAUUAUUAUUUCUAAUUUACAUUCCAAGUAUCUGCACACCAUUCCAUAUUAUUGCUUCGCAGGCGCCUUUACAAGCCAGUCUGACACAUCCACACUCCUGUGAUACUCCAAUCAUCUAUCAUGUCAUCAUCACACUGUGUGAUGAAGCCGGACCGGGGAUACAUGUUGUCCUACACAAGGUUGAAGUCCAAGUGAUAUUUUAGUUUAUAAUGAUCAGAGUAGUGUCUGAAUGGCUACCCUUGAUAAGUUAGUGAACACUCCCACAGGACGUGCUCCCUGACAACCUAUCCUUACCUAAACCAUCUUGCUAGAGUUUUGCAAAUUGGUAGUUCAAAUCUAGACACAACCAUAUUUUAGCGGGACCAAAUUGUUUUCCUUAAGAUUUUUAGCUUGCAUCCUCUACCAAAAUGUAAAUGGGCCUUGUUCUCUGCAGCACAGUCAUGUUGUUUCUCAAAUGAUUGUUUAUUGGGCUGCGAGGUCACGGCUAAAUUGACAAUACUGAAAACUGUUUGAUCAUUUUAUCCUUUUAAAACUACUGGUUUGAGGAACACCGUUCUAACCUCUCAUUUGACUUCAUUUUCAUUGACAGAAAUGUCACUUUCAUCAAUGUACCAUACUGUAAAUACAGUGACGCGAUUAACAUUGCAGCCUUUUGUUUAUGUGAUUUAUGAUUGAAUAUUUCAGAAAUGUGGAUAUUUUUACUGACAUUUCAGGCUUAAUAGAAUUUCUUUUUAUUCUGUGUUUUUUAUUUGUUGAGCAUUACUAUUCCCAUACCUAAUACAGUGAUGGGUUUCAUUUUUGAGUUUUAGUUUAAACGGAUGUCUCUAAGAAGAGGUUUCGAGGUCCAAAUGCGUUUUCCUGCAACCGGCUUAUUUGUUUUUAUUUGCCAGCAUUUGUGAGUUAGGAGUUCCCUGUGUUUGAAAGGAACGUUGUGUUGACCAAGUGAGAGGGUUUGCAUUCCCGUUGUAAGGACUAAAGAAAACAUGCCAUAUACUCCUUACGAGAACAUUUUGAUGCAGCACAAAAACAUAAGGGACCUUUUGGGUUUGUGCUGCCUCGGUGUUCUGGGCCUGGGGAAGUUUUGUCACCGCACAAAGCUAUGAGGAUUUUUAAGUCGCACUGCCACAUUAAACAUUUAAAUUGCAACUGCCCCUGAAUUUAUCUCAGAUGAAAUGUGCAAAAUGCAGUGUGUAAGUUAAUGGAUGGCGGCUCGAAAAUGAAUGUCAAAUGCUACGUGUUGCUAUUCAUUCCCAACUUUAAAUUCCCAUUCUGGCUUGUGUUCAUAAAUGUUUGUCUAACUAAUUCAGACUUCUCUUGAGCAAAGUGUUGGCGGGUUUUAAAAGUGCAGGGGGGUUUUCAUGUCCUGCGUUUGUAGAGUUACAGCCUCUUUGGGAGGAGCAGAGUGUAAGCUUCAGAUUUAGUAGUAGCUGUGUUUCUGUGGCUGGCGGAGGACAACAGUGCCUGGGCUUUUAGUGAGCCCAGACGAGGCUCGUAUAUAACCAAUGGUGUUAUCUUUCCUGGUUCGUAUCAGAAACAGUAUUUCUUCUGCUUUUAUGUGAUGACUAUAUGAUGUAAACUCAGUAUUCUCAGUCAGUGUUUGACCACUGAGACACACCUAAGCCAUAUGGUAUGAUUUAUGCUACGGUAAAAACAGGGACAGAGGUGAAUACUUAAAGUCUCAACUACAUUCUGUUAGCAUCUUAUGUUUGCAUCCGAAUAUUGAUUCCAAGAAUACUCCAUAUUACAGUUCUUCUUUCUUUCUGUGGACUUUGUGGAGAGCUCUCCCACCAAUGCUGCAUUGCUCUUAUUGCCGUCUUCUCGUGUCUGUGUGCCUCUGUCUGUGUACACAUCAUAACAGCCACAUCAUUCACCUCAUGUGCACACGGUACACCCACGCUCUCUUAUUUGGUCUGAUCGGCCUCCUGUCAGCACUGUGUGAGCAUGUGACUACUGCUCAGUUUGUCGUAGCGGUUAUAGCGGGACAUCGUGAACUCCCAUCAACCCGUAAAACAGUCUAGAUCAACCAGACUAAGUAAAAGCAUCUUUGUGGGUGUGCAGGGCCCAUUAGCCUAAUUUGUUUUCUCAAAUGAUGUCUGUUUUGUUACCAACUGUCUCAUUUACAAUCGCCUUUCUGUAAUGUGCCUAAACUAUGGAGAGGAAAAGUAUUCAUUUUAAUUUUGCCUUUCAUAUGAAACAUAUUAAAUCCUGAAAAGUAAAUAAAAUACUUACUACUUUA